AUCAUCACCAUCGAUCAAAAGCCCUUUCGAUUCCAGUCUCCUAGAACCAAACUCCAUCAGAUCUGAGAUUCAACAAUAACCCAAACCAACUCGCCAAAACUACCACGCUUCCAAGGCCGAAGAAAUCAAAGACAAUAAAUGAAAGAGAGGGCCGACGCUGUGGGAGCCGUCACGCGCCGGUCAGAUCGUGGCCAAGACGAGGAAGAUGAAGAGCGGCGAUUAGGAAACCAAAAAGACUCAUCGGAGAAACCCAUAUGGGAUCGGAGCUCUUCGGGUCUAUCUAUGACCCGACCCGGUCGAUUAAUAAUCUGGCUCAUGCUCUUCAUCUCCGUCACUUACAUCAUCUACACUCUCAAGAUCGUCUCCACUUCACACCCUUGCGAAGAUCUAACCUCCGACUCAAUUCUCCAACAAAGACCGGAGAAAAAAGCGGUUGCGGUUAAGGCGGUUCCGGCGGAGCAAGAAGCAACCGAUCUAAACCAUGUCGUUUUCGGGAUUGCAGCGUCGUCAAAGCUAUGGAAACAGAGGAAAGAGUAUAUAAAGAUUUGGUACAAACCCAAGAAGAUGAGAGGCUACGUGUGGUUAGAUAAAGAGGUAAAGAUAAAAUCCGAAACCGGAGAUCAAGAACACCUCCCGCCGGUAAGAAUCUCCGGUGAUACGUCGUCGUUUCCUUAUACUAACAAGCAAGGACACCGAUCAGCGAUACGGAUCUCAAGGAUUGUUUCGGAAACGUUGAUGAGUCUUGAUUCUGAGUCGAAGAAGAACGUGAGGUGGUUCGUGAUGGGUGAUGAUGAUACGGUUUUUGUUACGGAUAAUUUAAUUAGGGUUUUGAGGAAGUACGAUCAUGAACAGAUGUAUUAUAUAGGAAGCUUGUCGGAAUCUCAUUUGCAGAAUAUUUUUUUUUCUUAUGGAAUGGCUUAUGGUGGUGGAGGUUUUGCUAUUAGUUAUCCUUUGGCAGUGGCUUUGAGUAAGAUGCAAGAUCGGUGUAUUAAGAGGUAUCCAGCUUUGUAUGGUUCUGAUGAUCGGAUGCAAGCUUGUAUGGCUGAGCUUGGUGUUCCAUUGACUAAAGAGAUCGGUUUUCAUCAAUAUGACGUUCAUGGGAACGUAUUCGGCCUCCUAGCUGCCCAUCCGGUAACACCGUUUGUAUCAAUGCACCAUCUUGAUGUGGUAGAACCGAUUUUUCCAAACAUGACCCGUGUUCGCGCCAUCAAGAAACUAACUACACCAAUGAAGAUUGAUUCGGCUGGGCUUCUCCAACAAUCAAUAUGCUAUGACAAGCAUAAAAGCUGGACAAUUUCGGUCUCGUGGGGAUUUGCGGUCCAGGUGUUCCGCGGAUCCUUCUCUCCACGGGAAAUGGAAAUGCCUUCUAGAACUUUCUUGAAUUGGUACAAAAGAGCGGAUUACACCGCCUACGCAUUCAAUACUAGGCCCGUGAGUCGCAAUCAUUGCCAAAAACCGUUUGUUUUUCACAUGUCAAAUGCGAAAUUCGAUCCGCAGUUGAACACCACGGUCAGCCAAUACACGAGGGAUCGGGUUCCGCAUCCGGCUUGUCGGUGGGAUAUGGCUAACCCGGAGGAGAUCAACACUAUAGUUGUGUACAAAAAACCAGAUCCUCAUCUAUGGACCAGGUCACCGAGAAGAAAUUGUUGCAGAGUAUUACAAACAAAGAGGAAUAAUACAUUAUGGAUUAAUGUUGGUGUAUGUAGAGCAGAUUUCAAGGAGCUUCAGAUUCCAGAAUACGUACUUAAAACACUUUACGUCAUCGGUUUCAUCAGAGACAUGGUCGAUGCUCUUUGUCCUUACAUCGGCCUACCUAGUUUUCUUGACCACCACGAGACCUAUCGACCCGACCCGACCGGACAAGGUCUCUCCACGUCAGCCAGUCUUGCCAACGAGUUAAUCCCAGUGGUUCGGUUCUCGGAUCUCUUGACCGAUCCGGAAGAUUGUUGCACGGUUUGUUUAUCCGAUUUUGACUCCGACGAUAUGAUUAGACAGCUACCAAACUGUGGACACGUGUUCCACCAUCGUUGCUUAGAUCGUUGGAUCGUUGACUGCAACAAGAUGACUUGUCCGAUUUGUCGGAACCGGUUCUUACCGGAAGAAAAGCCCACGCCGUUUGAUUGGGGUUCUUCAGAUUGGUUCAGAGAUGAAGUGGAGAGUACCAACUAAUGAUGGUUUUACUUUUUUUCACGGCAACUUUUUUUCUACUGUAUAAUUCAAGUAUAACAUUAUGUAAUUAUAUGUAUAUUAGCAUCAAUCAUAUUUUUUUAUUUUAAUAAUAGCAUCAAUCCAUC